AUGAGUAAUUUUUUAAAAUCAAUUCAACCAACACUUAAUGAAAUUGUUUAUGAUAUAACUGGAUUAGCUCUGUCGGAUAGAUUUAAUCCAUAUAAAAAAUUAUUCGAAGACUCAAUUGUACAUCGUUCGAAUAUCAAUAUUGAAAAAUGUAAAGUUGAAAAAAAUUAUCAAGGAUUAAAAGAAAAAUAUAUAAUUCAUGCACAGGAUAAAAAAGCUGAUCUACUACAAUUUCUUGUUAAACGUUUUAAUAACAGACCUAUACUUGAUCAUUCACCAGAGAGUGAAUUUCAUCAAGCAUGCUUACAAUUAAUUAUUUCAUUAGCUCAACGACCAUUAGAAGUUAAACUUGAUAAUUUCUCAGAUCUUGUACAAGAACAAAUUGAAGAAGCAACUUUUGAUUGGCCUGCAUAUUUACUUGGCAAUCAAAACGAACAACUGGUCGCUUCCAUUGAUUGGAAUGAAGAAGAAAGCAUAGAUGAAAAUGAUGAUGAUAAUCAUAAUAAACUUGAUUCAACAUAUCUUCAAAAUAAUGACAGUGAAGAAGUUCAUAUUGAAUCAAAACUAAUUGAUGAUAUUGAACAACAGAAUUAUUCAGUACUUGAUCGUGAAAUAAUUUCAUCAUACUGGCAUCAAACAUUAUCCGACGGUGUUUCACCGUCUCUUCGUGAUUUUGCUCUUUUCUGGGAUCAAACUAUGAUCAAAACAACUCAUUUAGCUUAUCGAGUGAAUUCGCAAACAUUAACUGAAUAUAUUCUUAUUCGAGAAACUCUUUGGCUCUUAAUGGAUUCUACACAAUUGCAUAUUUAUGCUAUUGACGAAAAUAAUCAAAUGCGCAUUGCUGAUUUCGUUCGGCUAUGCGAUGUUACUCCCGUCGCCAUUCAAGAUUGUUUAGAAAAAUUUACAAAACUUUCUAAUCAAUUACGAUUAGCAAAUCAAUUUUUAAAGGAUACUCAUCACUCAUGUCGUACAUUAUCAUCGUUUGCACAAGCACUUCAAGAACAAAUCAAUUUGAUUCGUUUUCAACUAGCCGACGUCGAACGAAAUUGUCUUAAGCAAAGUUGCACAUAUACAGUUUUAUCAUUUCAUGAAGAAUUAGAUUCUCUUGGAAUAAUUUCAAAAGGAAUAUGUAUUGAACGUAUAUUUGAUCAAAUAUCAUUUUAUAAUAAUAAAUCAAAUUAUGAUUUAACACUCGAACUUAUUCAUGUUUUAUAUAAAAAUCUUCUCAUGUCAGAAAUGAUUAACAAUUUAAUAUUUUUUAAUUUUUUAUUGCCACUGUUUAUAUCAAGUUGUCGAACUUAUUUGGAAAUAAUUCAAAAUUGGCUUGUGAAUGGAUUUAUAGAUGAUCAUUUCGAUGAAUUUUUUAUUAAACGAAAAGCUGAUAUACAUGUGGAAUCGAUUGAUUUUUGGCAAUUAUCAUAUACUGAACAAGUAGAAAAUGCAUCAUUAAUACCAAAAUGGUUAGCCUGCAUCGUUCCAUCACUUGUUAAAGCUGGUAAAUGUGCUGAAAUUCUGAAAUCUAAUGGUGUUCUAAGAAACAAUGAAGAAUCACAAUCAUUUGUCGGCGAAUUUUCCAAAUAUCUUCAAGAACAUUUUAAUUUGAAAAACAUUUCUUGGAAUCCUCUUAGCCUAUUAAACAAAUCAGAAGCAACACACAACAUAAAGACUUUACACAACCAAUUUAUAUCUUUUCAAUUACCAUUCGAUGAUGACGACGAUAAGAAAAAUUCCUUUUUAGCAUUAGCAUUCAAUCACAUGGAAACUCCAAAACGAAGUCUACUCGAUAUUAAUCGUCAGCAAUUAUCACUGGCAUCAGAUAUUAAUCAGUUAACAACCAUUGAAUGUAUACUUCAAAAUUUUAGUCAAGAAAUUUUACUUACGAGAUCUAACCAAUUAAUCGAUCAAUUAACAAAUGAUAUUCUCAACCGCAUGAAAUAUUUAAAGCAUAUCGAAUAUAUACGAGAUUUUUUUCUCUUUGAAAAUGGUUCUUUCAUGCAUCAAUUUGCUUUACGUCUUUAUUCAAAACUAUCACAAGCAAUACAUGAACGUUUAGAUGCAUUUUCUGUGCUGGUUUCAUUCGAUAGUACACUGACAAUGUUUGGACUUGAUAAAGUAACAUAUCCAUUAAGUGUUAUAUAUCAAUCAUCGAAUACACCGUCAACCAUACAAAAAUAUAUUAUACAAAAUGUUGAAUUAAAAUAUGAUUUACCAAAAGAAUUGUUCAUUAUUAUUAAGCCGGAACAAAUGGAAAUUUAUCAAAAAUGUUUUGCAUUUGUUCUGCAAGUGAAACAGGCGAAAUAUGUUCUAGAUCAAUUAGUAUUCAGUGAAUUUCGUUUGAAAUCCCGCCUUCGUAAUCAACGACUCUAUCGUCAUCAAUCGUAUCAUCUUCAUCAUGAAAUGUUUCUUUUACGCGCUCGUCUUCUUCAUGCUGUCAACGCUGUGAAUAAUUUUGUGCUUAUUACUUUUCAUACAGCUGGAGAACAAUUUGUGGAGAAACAUUCCAACAAAUCAAUUGAUAUUGAAUCGAUGAUAAUGUUUCAUGAAAAAUUUCUUACAGCUCUAUCAAUCGGUAGUUUAUUACAACCUAAACAACAAGCAAUACGUGAUCAUUUAAUGAAAUUAUUUGAAAUUGUUACUAUAUUUGCACGUCGAUGGCAACUAGGGUUUGACUCAAUUAAAAUGGAGCAUAUUACAAAAUUAAAAACAGAAUUCAAUCAAACGAAACAAUUUAUUUCAAUUGUUCUUAAACCAUUUUUACCUCGAAUGAUUGAUUCACCGUUACGUGCACUUGCCUGUUCAUUACAAGAUGAUUUCUAUUCUAAUGUUUAA